AUGUCCUCCCUGCGAGGCAUCCAGCAAGCCGAGCUGAGCAAGAAGCUGUACAAGUUGAUCAAGACCGAGAACCACCAGGUCUCCGCCUACGAGGCUGCGGGUCGCGAGUCUCACUCUGUUGCCUCGCAGCUCAGUGAGUGGGGCGAGGAGCAGGAUGAGAGUGUGAGCGAUAUUAGUGAUAAGUUGGGUGUGCUGCUGGCCGAGAUUGCCGAGCAGGAGGAAGUGUUUGCGUCCAACCUGGAGGAGUCCAGGGGUGUGUUGAAGCAGAUUCGGAAUACCGAGAGUUCAGUGCAGCCGAGUCGGAAUCAUAAGAUUAAGAUUCAAGACGAGAUCCAGAAGCUCAAAUACAAGGAGCCGGAGUCGCCCAAGCUCGUCGUCCUCGAGCAGGAGCUUGUUCGCGCGGAGGCACAAUCGCUUGUCGCCGAGGCUCAGCUCACCAACAUUACACGUCAGAAGUUCAAGGAGGCAUAUGAUCUCCACACUGCGGCCGUCAUCGAGCGCGCAGAGAAACAAAUCAUGCUUGCUCAGCAGGCUCGUCGUCUGAUCAACCUUCUGGAUGACACACCCAUCGUACCGGGCGAGGAGCGUCCGGCCGUGUCCCGCGAGUACGAGGAAGCCGCUCGCGAGGUUCUGAACGACGCCGAAGCUGGUCUGAAGAACUGGACGCCGAAUGUUCAGCCUAUCCCCUCUACCGCUGGGCAAAUGGGCCACAAUGCUAUGCCCGACGUCGACCACCAGGCCACAUCUGCGCCGGUCAUGCAGCAGGCUGAGCAGAAUGUUCAUGGUGUUGGUUUGACGCAUGGCACUGAACAGUACCAGCAACCAUUGCAGCACCAGCAGCCACUGCAGCACGAGACUCAGCAGGUUGGUGCGACUCAGGUACCUUACCCAACUACCCGUGAAGAGGAGAACGUCGGCUUGGCUGCUUAG